AUGGGAUGUGUUCGUGGUGCUGUGUUGGCGAUAGGCGUAAAAUUAGUUCUGCUAACGUGUUACACACAGUACGUAGCAUGUGAUAGGUACGAAUAUAUAAAUCUACCGAAAGCACAUCUUCCACUGUACUUCCGGCGAUUUCCGGCACUAGAAAAGCAAUGUGUGGAAGAUGAAAAUUGCCCCUAUCGGACGAUUAUUGCAAGCCAAAGUUACCAAAAUCGUAAAGAUGCUGCUGCCUGUUGGGGCUAUGAGGAAGACUGUACGGAACGGAUCCGGUACGUGAACCAUACCUGCCCGGGAAGUCACGUCGGUUAUGUGAAAAGCAAAAAGGCACAACUGGACACGUUCUACAGUCAGGCGGAUUUCGGCUUUGUACGGGAUCAAAUUCGCGAAACACGCAUCAUGUGCGAACCUCAAUUCCCGCAUGAUUCCUCGCUCGAAUGUUCCAAGUAUCUUCGCUUCUGUCGUGGCCGCAAUCUGAUGAUCAAUUUCACCGAUCUAGCUCACCGAACCGAACCGUUGCGGUACAAGAUGGAUGUGUUGGGCCAGGGACAGAUCGGGGGACAUUGUCGGCUGCAUGAGAAACGAUUACGAGACGAAUUGCAGCACAUAAGCCCACUGCAAUCUUGGGGACCCGAGUUGCGGUUUUUCGAACGUCUCGAACGGCCCCCGAUCGAGGACGGACGGUGCGAUGUGGUCGUUGAGAAGCCAACUUUUAUAAUGAAAAUUGAUGCUGCAAUUAAUAUGUAUCAUCAUUUCUGUGAUUUUUUAAACCUGUACGCUUCGUUGCACGUGAACCUAUCGCAUCCGGCAAGCUUCGGGACGGAUACGCACGUAUUGAUCUGGGAAUCGUUCACGUAUCUGUCCCCGUUUGCGGAAACGUUUAAGGUGUUUACGAGCAACCCUAUAGCGGAUUUAAAAACGUACGCCGGGAAGGUGGUUUGCUUUCGGAAUGUGAUGCUACCCUUGUUACCACGCAUGAUCUUUGGACUCUACUACAAUACACCGAUCAUUUAUGGCUGUGAAAACAGUGGUCUCUUUCAUGCGUUUUCCGAGCAUGUGUUGCACCGGUUAAAAGUACAACUGACUGCCCGCCCGGAUGAUCGUAUCCGGAUAACGUUCCUUUCGCGACAAACGCGCUACCGAAGGGUACUGAACGAGGACGAACUGAUGGCACGAAUAGCUAAAAAUCCUAACUACGAUGUACAGCGCGUUAGCUACGGUCACGAUCUGCCCUUCGUAGAGCAGCUACGAAUAACGCGCAACACCGAUGUCUUCAUCGGUAUGCAUGGUGCCGGACUAACGCACCUACUCUUCCUGCCGAAGUGGGCCACCCUGUUCGAGCUGUACCACUGUGAGGAUCCAAACUGUUACCGUGAUUUAGCACGCCUACGGGGCGUACACUACCUAAGCUGGGAGCGGGACCAUCUCGUCUAUCCGGACGGUGAAGGGAAGCAUCCGGAGCGGGAUGAACGGCAUGCGAAAUUUACCAACUACGCGUUCGAUGUGAACGAGUUUGAGCGUUUAGUAGCGAAGGCGGCUAACCACGUGAGAGAGCACCAAGAAUUUCGGAGCUUUCUAGCGGCAAAGAAAGGGAAGACAGACCGUCCAACGAAAAAAGAUGAGCUUUAA